AUGAAUGAGGAACUUGGAGGGGUGCAUAUAGUAGGAGUGCCUAUUUAGACCUUACAUUCACUGAGAGAUGGGUCUGGUUAAGUAAGGAAUGUAGCAGCCUAACUUCAUUCUUUUGUCUGUGAGCAAGAACUUUAAAAGCUUAUGCAAGUUUUGGAUGUGUAGCCUGACGUCAACCAGGAUCCACAUCCACUUCGAUUAACGGGGACGAGUAUAGAGGCGAGUGCGCCGCAUUGUGAACAGCCUACAGUGAAUUGUAGAGGUCUUCAGUGAAUAGCGGAGCCACUGGGAAACCCACGCUGCAAUCAAGUCCGCUCGAACAGCAGCUGGUUUAGAACAAAAAAAGCCAUCUCCAGGAACAGCACGAGUGAGAUUCUAAAGAGCAGGCUCCAGAUCCAGUCAAAUUGAGGUUCCGUUGUUCACUAUGGAUGGCAUUGUUGACAGUCUGACAAAAACGGAUUUUGUCAGCAUUUGGGUUCGUGAUCCCAAGCAACACAAAGAGGAUUUCUGGCACACGCACGUAGACUAUGAGAUCUUUUUACAAACCAAUAGCAUGUGCUUUCGGAAGAAGACUUCUUGUGUGAGGAGGAGGUACAGCGAGUUUGUUUGGCUCAGACAGUGUCUGCAGGACAACGCUCUGAUCAUAGAGCUACCCAAACUGCCACCCUGGAACCCUUUUUUCAGUUUCAGCAACCCUGUACAGGUCAGCCAGAGGAUGAAAGGCAUGCAGGAGUUUCUAGAACUUGUUCUUCAAACGCCACUCCUGCUGUCUGACAGCCGCCUGCACUUGUUCCUGCAGUCCCAGCUGAGCAUGUCCAAGAUGGAGGCCUGCGCCCGGGGCCAGACACGCUACACGGUGGCAGAGGCCAUCCAGAAAUGGAUGGACUGUCACACUUCUCACUGCCCUGCACAGGAGGUGGAAAAGGCCUUCUGCGAUUCCACCUGUGAGAGCACAACAUCAUCAGGUCUUGGUCACAGCAUGGACAACCUUCAGAGCAGCAGUUCUCCUGUGGACUGUGAUCCGAGCACCACAGAAGCAACGCUCUUUAGCUGCCUGUCAAAGUCUCCGUGCCACCAUGACGUCAUUCAUCCCUGACUAUAACCGUGCGCACACAAACGCAUGCACAUGGGUAUCCAGCGCACACUUUUCUUCAGAUACCCUGUACAAAGUCUCCUGUAUGUGAUUUGAGUGUGUUGGCUCAAAAGACUACAAGGAGCUGCUUGUGCGAGUCGAGUAAUUUGAGUACUGAAGUUUUCAGAAGACACUGCUGAAGGACAGACAUUUUAACUUAGUUACUGUUUGUUAGUAUACAUUUCCUCCAGCUCUUACGGAUACGGCUGAUAUAUCUAGUAAUAAUAGGUCUUAAUGACUGAAAAAAUCAGUUAAAUGUUAUGGAAUGGUGAAGUGCUAGGAUAAAUCCUUGUGUAUUUAAUGUUAUAAAGAAAUAGGCCUGUUCCUGUUUUAAAAAUAAUCACAUUUUAUGAUGAAUACCUGUUAACCUGCAAAGCAGCAAUACUGGGAAAUAUUCUUAAAUAUUACUUUGUUUGUAUAUUUUUAUGUUAUAAAGCAAAGGGACACAAGGACAAUGUUGUAGCUGGGCCUGUUGGAAAACAUUUGAAAAUGCUUUUAUUGUGAUUUAAAAUGUAGUUUUAAAGAUAAAUAAAUGUUUUUUAUUAAG